UAGAAUUUAUGAAUCAACACAGUCGUUAAUAAUAUUGAUCAAUAAACCAAGUUCUGUCUGUGUCUGCUUUUCGUACAUAAACCAAGUUCGAUCUUAAUUUUGGUUGUAAAUCUUCCAAUACCGUGUUCCUCACUUUCUCCAAGAGGACUUGAGAAGUUGGCCCCGGGUUGUCACAAUGGGAAGUAUUGCGAAGACUUGCCUAAGGUCAUUGCUGAAAGUUGCGAAUUCCGCUAUGGGUAUUGUGGGGAUUAUGCUGAUUCUGUAUAGUUGUUGGAUGAUUAGAGUUUGGCAGAGAGAUUCAUCCUAUGUUGAUUAUAGUUCUACUUGUCCAUGGUUCAUGUACACUUUUCUUGGAAUUGGUGUUACCAUGGGUGUGAUAACUUGCCUAGGCCAUAUUGCUGCCGAUAGUGCACACGGUUAUUGCCUCUCUUGUUAUGUGGUGAUUAUCAGUUUUCUUCUACUAUUGGAAACUGCAAUGUCAGCAGAUAUACUCCUGAAUUCUGACUGGGAGAAGGAUUUGCCUGAGGAUCCAACUGGGAGGUUCCAUGAUUUCGAAGAUUUUGUGAAGUCAAACUUCGGUUUUUGCAAAUGGAUAGGCUUUAUGAUCAUCUUAGCUCAGGGAAAUGUGAUGGUUCAGAAUUACACAACCAUAACCAACAUGCAAUUAAGGACUCAUUUUUAUGUGCCAUUCAAGCCAGCUUGUUCAAAGAUAUUUUCCUUAGACCUGAAUGCACAUGUCCUUCACCUGCAGGGAUUUUCGAUUCUGUUGGCAGUAGCUCUGAGAACUCUAGGGCCAUCCUAUUAUAACUAUGAUUCUGAUGGGGAUUAUGCUCCCGAGAGGCUUCCGCUCGUAAACAAUAAAGUUCAACCUCCACCUUACGUUAAGGAUCUGUCCGAUCCUCGUUCUGCCAUUAAUUAUAACACCUGGAAUGCAAACAAGUGAAGAGACCAGUGUAAGAUUUUCUUGUAAGGAGCAUAUGAGAGAGGGAGUAAUCAUUUUGGCAUUUGAUGGCGAGUUUGACGUUUAGGUGGAGGACUCUGAUACAAGCGAAGAUGAUGAAAUUUUGGUUGAAUGUGUGCCCCUAGAGCUUUUCUAGUGGAUGUAACAAUGUAUAAGUAACACUUGCAUGUUAAUGUUUGUUUCUAUUUUCCUUAUGAUGCAGUCUAGGAAGUUCAUAGCAGAAAAAUCUCCCUCUAAACUUUUCUUGUAAAUCAAAUCUUGACAAGUAAGUGGUGUGGAAU